AUGGCUCCCAAAAGCCGGUCCAAACGGCCCGGUCUCCUAUCUACUGGACGACCGCCGACGGUCAAGUCUAAGCAAGCGGCUCUGUCCUCGAAGGCUACCCGUACCCUCAUUCGCUCGCAUCACCAGUUGCUUAAGGCGCGGGCACAGGCUACGAAGGCCGGUGAUGAGGCUCGGGUCAGCAGCAUCGAUGCCCAGAUCCAUGCCAAUGGCGGACUGGAAAGUUAUCAGAUUGCCAGCAAGCUCGGCCAGUCCUCGGACCGCGGUGGUGACUCUAGCAAGAUACUGGUUGAUUGGAUCAAGCCACAGCUAGACAAAUGGGACCCAUCUCUUCCCAAAUUGCGUGUUCUUGAAGUCGGCGCAUUGAGUACGAAAAAUGCCUGCUCAAGGACCCCGGCGUUGGAUGUGACGCGAAUUGAUCUGAACUCGCAAGAACCCGGCAUUCUCAAGCAGGACUUCAUGGAGCGUCCUCUACCAUCUACGGAUGAAGACCGUUUCAAUAUCAUCAGUCUGUCUUUGGUUCUCAACUAUGUCCCGGAUGCCAUAGGCCGCGGCGACAUGCUCAAGCGCUUAGUCAAAUUCCUGACACCUCUUUGCUCCAUCACUUUCACACCGACCCUCUUCUUUGUGUUGCCGGUAGCUUGCAUCGAUAACUCACGCUACCUUACGGAAGAGAGGCUCCUCGAGAUUUUUGCGAGCUUAGGUUUUCACCUAGUGGAAAGCAAACGAACCAACAAGCUCAUUUAUCAAUUAUGGCAUUAUACUGGGAACCCCAAGCCCAGGAUGUUCAAAAAAGACAUGCUCAAUCCCGGCGUGAAGAGGAACAACUUCGCGGUUAUCCUCAACAAGGGCUGA